UCUAGUCACAUAAUUUCGUGGAUACAUAAGUUCGUGGACUUCCGGAAAUCCCAAAUAUUUCGCAUGCGUGUUAUUGUUAUGACGUCAUCAUUCGCAUGUUUUGAUUGCUAUAGGAUAUCCCUACAACGUCAACAUACAAAAUGAAUCUCGUCGUUUCAAGCAAGGUUCAACUUAAAAGGCAGAAAUACAAGUCGUAUUCACCAACAAAACUGACUAAUGCUUAUCUGGAUGUUACUGACAAGAAGCUUAGUGUUGCCAAGGCUGCAAGGAAGUAUUGUCUUCCUGAACAGACACUAAGAGACCGUGUAUUGGGCCACAUCUCUAUAGACAACGUAAAGUCUGGACCACCACCAGUGUUUGACUGUGAACAGGAGGCAAGAUUGGUUCAGCACAUAAAAGAAAUGGGUGCAGUAGGAUAUGCAUACACCAGAGCUGAAGUGGUGGAUCUUGGAUCUGAGUAUGCUGUUCACAUGGGUAUAAAGACAAAAGACGACAAGCAGCUGUCAUUGAGAUGGUUUUACAGCUUCAUGGGUAGAUGGCCUGAACUAAAGGUAUGGAGACCUAAAACCAUCUCAGAACUUAGAGCAAAGGCAACCUCAAGGGCAUCAAUUUACAGGUACUUUGAUGAACUUAACCGUAUAAUGGAAAAAUAUCAGCUAAAAGACAAGCCACAGAGUAUCUAUAAUGUUGAUGAGAAGGGUUUACAACCAAACUAUAAACCACCAAAUGUUGUGGCCUCUGCAGAGUAUGUACCCUCUACCUUGUCUUCAGAAAAAGGUCAAACAACAACUGUAAUGGGAUGUGGUAAUACCUUAGGACAUCAAAUUCCACCUUAUUUUAUUUUCGCUGGUAAACGUAUGAGACAGGAGUUGUUAGAAGGGGCCACACCUGGUGCUGAUGGGUCUGUCAGUGAAACUGGAUGGUCCAAUUCAGAGAUAUUUCAGUCCUACCUGGAAAAUCAUUUCAUAAAAUACGUCACUGGUAUGCAGGACAAACAUAUUCUUCUUCUGUAUGAUGGUCACAGGACUCACAUAACACCAGAUAUCAUUGAUUGGGCAGUAGAGAAAAAAAUUAUCUUGUAUGUUUUGCCUCCUCACACCAGCCAUGUUCUUCAGCCCAUGGAUGUUGGUUGUUUUGGGCCUUUCGCAAGAAUCUACAGUUCAGAAUGUCAUAAAUUCCAACGUACCCAUUCAGCAGUAAUUGACAAAUACAACUUAUGCUCUAUUGCCUGCAAAUCCUACAAUUCUGCUCUUUCUCCUUCAAAUUUGCAGUCUGCUUUCCGUAAAUCUGGUAUUUACCCGUUAGAUAGAGAUGCUAUAGAUCAGUCCUUGUUUUCUAUUUCUGAUGCUAUUCAUAGACAGAACCAAUCCGAAGAAAAUACCAAAGUUGAUGAUAUCCCUGCCAUUGAAAAUGAAACAACUGAACCAGUUAAUUUAAUGUCCGAUUCAGAGAUAAAUGCAGACACAGAACCUAUAUUAUCAAACCAGGAAAAUGAAAACAUUCAGAUUUAUGUAGCUGAAAAAAUUACUGACGAAAAACCAGAUGAAAAUACAACUUUCUUCACUGAAAAAUCAACAAAUUUGUCCAAGAAAAAUCCACCAAAACAGGAAAGACGUUCCAUCUACAAGAUAGUAGCAGGAAAGGCAAUUACAGAACCAGAGACACGUCAAGAAAUAAAGGAGUACAUUGCACAGUCAAAGUCAAGGACCAAGUCUUAA